UUAGUUAAUGGUUUACGUUUAGCCAUACAUAGACAUGCGUAGUUUAUGUGUAUAUAUGGCUUGAUCUUUUAUGAUACCUAGUAGCUGGAUCUUGCCGUGUCUGAGGAUAGAUAUGUUGAGCACGGGACCAGCUUUGCUGUCGGGACGAGUAGACACCGCUUGGCUGGAGGAUGUUGACUCUAGUCAAUAUGCAUGUGAACUCGCUAUCCACGCCCUCUCGCUAUACCAUUCAAGUUCUUUAAGAAGGCUAGUGCCCAACUUCUUCCCUCAUUGUUCACAUUAGAAUAUAUAUAAAUAAAUAUAUAUUUAUAUAUAAACAAAAAACAAGACAAGGGAGAAAAAAAAAAGCAAAAAGAAAAACAGAGGGAGAUUACUGAUCAGAUAUGUAAAACAAUAGGGAAUUUUCAGAACAAAAACUUUGCAUAGAGAAAAUAUCCGAAGGAUCAUAUCAUAUGAUUUCUAACUUGCUUGCACGUUUUGUUUGAUAAUAAGAUAUAGAAAAUCGAUAGGCAUAUAAAGAGGGAGAGACUGGGGAAGUGUUGGCUUUAGUUCUCCCAGUUAACUGUUUCUGUCUCUGGAGGAGAAAGUGUAUGAGAUGUUGAGUGGGAAGUGGCAAUAGCAGAAAAAGGAAGAGCUUCCCCACCCAAGUAUCUUAUAUGGGUUUUGAACGUGAAAUCUUUGUUUUUAUGUCCUGUUUUCUUCUACCCCCUUUCCUUCUUAUCUUUAUAGAAAUAGAAUAAGAUUUGAGUGGCUCGAUUGACAAAGGUGAGUCAGCCCACCUAAAUAAUGCCUCCAUGAUUGAGAAAUUGACCUUAAUGAAAAAAAUUCUUCCAUGGGCAGUCUAUGGCGGAAGGACCACUUUGUACACGUGUGUGGGUCUACCUUCUCACCUAACCGUGAAAGUUUUCUUCCAUUCCAUCUUCUCCCCCACAAUCCAUCUUUCUAAGUAACACAUUCAACAGCCUCUGAUCUUAAUCGGACGCUUCAAACUUUGUCGCAAGAUCAAAUAGACCUAUCCGCAGAUGGUUGUUUUUCUUCCUAGUCUAUAUUCUUAAAUUGACUGAUGAAUAAAAACCAUUGCACCAACGCUGCUUUGCUUUGCAAUUUGCCUGUCAUAUCUAAAGCUCAGCCAUUCCUGUUGAGUUCAUGAUCAAACAUCAAUGGUGGGGUCGUCAUCUCCCUCCCUAACAAUGAAAUCGUUUGCAUUUUUACAGAGCUACACCACACUGUCUAUCUAAAUUCUUCAAACAAUUUUACACGAGGAAUUCAACUCUCAACUGCAGAAAAUGUUUACAAUGAUGAAAUAUGACGCCAGUCCUAUCUCAUUUUUUGGUAAACCCAAAAUGAUAAAUACUCCAAUAAAAAACAAAAUCAGCUUAAAAUAUUGAAAGUGGUGUGUCAAAUCGGGUCCAUUCCAAGAGAAAAACUUUGUACAAAUGCAGAGGAAUAUGAUUAACAAAUGGUAAAGAAGAAUGUCUAUUUCAAAUUAGUUGAACCUUUCGGACUUCAAAACAUUGAAGACUUAAAAAAGUUUUGAACUCCAUGGCCAUGGGGCAUGAAGCCUCAGCUCAUACCAUUCAAUUCUUUGAAUGACAUCAUUUCCUUGUCAAGAUGAGCAAUGUUUAACCUCGUUUCACACAAAACAAUAUACUAAAUGAAAACCUUCCCAUAGAAACUUGUCUGCAUAAAGAGAAGAUAGGUUAUUCUUAUUCCUUGGUAACAAUGGAAGGAUAAAAGUGGCUGGUUAUAUAUUCCAAAACCAACUUUAUAAGAUUCCUCUUGAAAUGAAUGCACAUCUUUGUGUGUGUAUGUGAACAUGACUCCUACUUUUUUUUUUGCCCCCACGGCCUUUUCAUUGCCAGAACAACUCACAUAUAGAGAGAGACGCAUACCCAAGAAUAAAGUUUUGCUUUGCCAUUCCAUCUGUGUUUGUUGUGGGCAAAUUUGGAUGUUUGUGAUAUAAAUUUCUUUUAAUCGGCAGUUUCAGAAGCUGUUAGAUUUGACAAGGACCCACCAACCCUUGAUACAUACUGCUAAAUGUAUCGUCUCGACUCCAUGGUGCCCCUAUGGCCACCGCACCCUCUCUCUAUUGAAGAAUAAUGCAAAAAAAGUAAAAUACACGUCUCAUUUUCUGCAAAAGACACAUUAAGCCCAACGCCAGUUUGACAACAUUCUCUCUCUCUCUCUCUCUCUCUCUCUCUCUCUCUCUCGCCCCACUUCCUCCUAAUCUCCUUAACCCCCCCUCCCCCCAAGUCUCUCUCUCUCUCUCUCAAACAAACAAACCCAAGGGAAGAAAAAGAAAGAGAAAAAAAAAGAAGAGAAUUUCAGAUACUGAAUCAGAUCUUGUUAGUUUUUGGAGGUAGGUUAAUUAAAAUCAUGGAUACUUAUCAGCAGCAAAAGACCAGGGAGAAAGUUGUAGACAGGAAGCAUGAAGAAGGCAAAAAAGAAGGCUCAGCAUAUAAGCAGCAGUCAUCAAUAUCCCCUGCUUCACCUCCUUCAGCAUCUUCCUCUCCUUCUCAUGAAUUCUCCUUCACAUUCUCUCUCCACUCUUCCUCCAAUAUAGUCCCUGAUAAAACCAAAACCCCACCUUCAAUUGCAAACGAUUUGUCUCCAGCAGAUGACAUUUUCUUUCAUGGCCAUUUGCUCCCUCUCCACCUCCUUUCUCACCUCCCAGUAUCUCCACGUUCCUCUACAAAUUCAUUGGACACCUUCACCCUUCCCAAAAGAAAGUUACUAGAUGACCCAAAACCUGAAAAAAAUAUCAGCAAUUGUAGCAAAAGCGACAGCAAUAUCAGAAGCAGCAUCAGCAGCAGCAACAAGAACCAUGACGGGGUUACAAACCGUCAUCAAAGCCACACCAUUGAAGCAAAAGGAAGGCAGAAGUCCAAGUCUUUCUCUUUAUUCGGUUUAACAAGAUGGCAAAAAGGGCGUGGCUUUAGAGAAACAGAAGAAAAGGAGAAGCACAAGAAAAAGAUGAGAUUCGACGUCAGUCAUGUAUUAAAGAGGUACAUGAGGAUGGUUCGGCCUUUAUUGUUCUUCAGAGGAAGGAGAGAGAAUCUACAUCUCCGUCGUCAAGCUUAUUCAUUUUCAGGUACCUUAAGUUCGAGAACCAAAAAGCAAGAGUUGAGAGGAAGGAAAGGAGAAUAUUCAGCUCCUGCUUCAAUGAGGACAUCUCCUACAAAUAGUGGUCUUCUAGUUGCAACCACAGGUCUUCCUUCUUCAACCAGUGACAGCACCAUGGAAGAGUUACAGGCUGCAAUUCAAGCUGCAAUUGCUCAUUGCAAGAAUUCCAUUAGAGGGGAAGACAAACUUAAAUGCUAAGCAGCUAAUUUGGAUUUUCCCGUUUAUUCAACUUCCUUAAGUUAUAUUAUUUUUUCUUCUUUUCUUUUUUUUUUUUUACUACAUAGUUAUAUUUUCCUGUGUACAAAGUGGUACAUAUAAUACAAUAGUAUGAAAUUAGCUUUCAAAAAUAAAAAAUUUCUACAUCUUAAAAUGAAAAACUGAUGCUUGUCUUGUCUUUACUCUUUACUGUGCCGAGUAUGUCAUAGUUUGGUGACAAGUAACAAUUUGAAUGUUAAAGAUUUGAUGAGGAUUCAAAAAUCUGUUCACAUGAUUCAUUAGUUGCAAUUAAUAAUGAAAGUCGUUUAGUAGAGCAUUUCAGUGAGUUUUCCUUUUCCUUUUUUCUUUUAAAUCCAACUACCCAAGUUUUACCAAAAAAAAAAAAAAAAAGAAGUUCAGUUCCAUUAUAUUCAAUGGAAUACCACUGAAAUGCUAAAUCAUAUAUUUUUCUGCCAAAAACCUAUAAUGAUAAAAUUUCAGCACAGACCAAGGGUCAUAAAUUUUCAGUAAAAAGAUGAACACAUCAUCACCAAACCCACCAUUUUUCAUUUGUUCAUUUUGCCUUGAAAAUUUUAUUUCUUUAACAUUUUCCAUAAAUCAAACAGUGUUUAUAAGAGCCCACAUGAAAAGGCAAAGUUAU